ACCAAACGAAAACAACAAUACGUAACUCCCAUAAAAAAAAGUAGACAAGUCAGAUCUAGAAAUUUGCUUUGCUUACAUACGAUCUCUUGUUAUUGAUUCGAUUAAACGAGUUAACAGUUCUGAAAAUAGAUUAAUUGCAUAGAAGUGACUGAACAAAAGCUUGCCUUAGUGCAGAACGGUAUUCCUUAUGGAUUCGUACGUGAGCUCGCACUUACAGAAGUAUUAUAAGAAUCCUGAAAAGGCCAAGCGAGAUGUUCAGAAUUUACUUCAGCACUAUAGAGGAUUACAGCCUAAAGUGGAGACAUUUGUUUUCAAUGAUGGUGCUUCAAAGCAACUGCUUUGUCUAGGAGGGACAAUUCCAGUUCAUUACAAAGGAAGUGACUACAAUAUCCCUGUGGCUCUUUGGUUACUGGAGACCCAUCCAGUCAAUGCCCCAAUGGUAUUUGUCAGACCAACAUCAGACAUGAGGUUGAGAAUUUCCAAGCAUGUUGAUCAUAAUGGAAAAGUUUACAUGCCAUACCUCCAUGUAUGGUCAGCUAAUGAAUCAGAUCUUGUUGCCCUAGUGCAAGUGAUGAUAAUUAUCUUUGGUGAACAGCCCCCUGUCUAUUCAGUGGCUGGACAACCACCAAGCAAUCCUGCUGCAGCAUAUCCAGGAUCCUUGGCAGGUUAUCCACCAUACCCGACAUCUGCCACCGCCUACCCUCCUGCUACCCCAUAUCCACCAUAUCCACCUGUGAAUGGACCAGCUUCUACUUCUUACCCAUCUUAUUCGGGGGGAUACCCACCGUACCCGCCUGCUCCAGGAACCAUCACCAGUUCAGCAGCGUAUCCUCCUUAUCCAACCCCGGCAGGUGUACCCAAUGCACAGUCUACUGGAACCAUAUCUGAAGACCACAUUCGAGCUUCGUUGCUGUCUGCAGUUGAAGACAAGGUUCGAAGAAGACUAAGUGAGAUCUUCGCCCAAGCUCAAGCUGAAAUUGAGACGUUGAAAAAGACAGAAAAUGAAUUGCGCAUGGGGCAGAGUAAAUUGGAAGAUCUCGGGAGACGGCUUGACCAAGAACAAAACGAAGUUGAACGUAGCAUCGCAUCGCUAAAAGAACGAAAUUCCGAACUAGAAGACUCUUUGGGAAAACUUAAAUCUCAGGAUAAAAAUUUUGAUGUCGACGAAGCUGUUGUCACUACGGCACCGAUUUACAAACAAUUACUCAAUGCCUAUGCCGAAGAGGCAGCAACAGAGGAUGCCAUUUACUACUUGGGAGAAGGAUUGAGAAGAGGGGUUAUCGAGCUUGAUGUUUUUCUUAAGAAUGUGCGCUCUCUGUCGCGAAAACAAUUCAUGCUUCGCGCCUUGAUGGAACGUUGUCGUCAACAAGCUGGUCUAACAAUUUGAACUGAAAAAUGCUAUCCCAAUGACUUAUUAAACUUCUAGUUUUAAUGAUCUUGGUUUUUCUGCCUUUGAAAUACUUGAAUUCUGAUUUCUGUUCCAAAAAUACAUUGUUAGUCUGAAAA